GUGUGGAGGGGUGUGAGUGUGUGUAGGGGUGUGAGUGUGUGUGUUGGAGGGGUGCUGGGAUAGAGACCUGACCGGAAUACUGAUACCGGUUCUGACACAAUCCACAAGCAGCACCUCCACCACCUCAGCUCCGCGUGCGCAUCAUCAUCACCACCAUCCUCCUCCUCCUCAUCUUCAUCCUCCUCCUCCUCAGCAGAGCAGCAGCUGCUGGGGAACCGGCAGGACCGCAGCAGCGCGUCUCGCGCCGCUUACCCACACAUCUUCCGUCUCGCGCGCUCCGGCGGGCCGCAUCGUCGCGCAUGCGCGGCAGCGUGGCGGCUGAACCCGCGGAGGACUAAGUUUUCGCUCUGAGGUUCUCUCUCUCUCUCCCUUUCUCUUUCUCUCUUUGUGUGAGAGUGUGUGAGUGUCUCAGUGUGUGCGCGCGUGGCGGGAGCGAUGCGGGCGAGCGGAGCCCGGUGGCUGGCGGAGGUCGCGUGCCUGCCGGUGUUGAUGGCUGUGGCGCUCGGCCGCAGCCCGGUGGCGCACAGCGGGAACGAGCCCAGCAACAUGUCGUACGUGAAAGUCACAGUGGACAAACUGCUCAAAGGCUACGACAUCCGGCUCCGGCCAGACUUCGGAGGUCCUCCGGUGGACGUGGGGAUGAGCAUCGACAUCUCCAGCAUCGACAUGGUGUCUGAGGUGAACAUGGACUACACCAUCACCAUGUAUUUCCAGCAGUCGUGGCGUGAUAAGCGUCUGUCCUACACAGGGAUUCCUCUCAAUCUGACGCUGGAUAACCGUGUAGCUGAUCAGCUCUGGGUGCCUGACACUUACUUCAUAAACGACAAAAAAUCCUUCGUUCAUGGAGUCACCGUCAAGAACCGCAUGAUUCGUCUGCAUCCAGAUGGAACCGUGCUCUAUGGCCUCAGGAUAACCACAACAGCAGCCUGCAUGAUGGAUCUGCGCAGAUAUCCUCUGGAUGAACAGAACUGCACCCUGGAGAUCGAAAGCUAUGGCUACACAACAGAUGACAUUGAGUUUUAUUGGCAGGAAGGAAGUUCAGUAACAGGAGUGGACAACAUUGAGCUGCCACAGUUCUCCAUUAUUGACUAUAAAACUCUAUCUAAGAAGGUGGUGUUUGCCACAGGAUCAUACCCUCGCCUGUCUCUGAGUUUUAAACUGAAGAGAAACAUAGGAUAUUUCAUCCUGCAGACCUACAUGCCCUCAAACCUCAUCACCAUCCUUUCCUGGGUUUCUUUCUGGAUCAACUAUGAUGCCUCUGCAGCACGGGUAGCUCUAGGAAUCACCACUGUUCUGACCAUGACCACCAUUAACACUCAUCUGCGAGAGACACUGCCAAAGAUCCCUUAUGUGAAGGCCAUAGAUAUCUACCUGAUGGGCUGCUUUGUGUUUGUGUUUUUGGCCCUGCUGGAGUAUGCGUUUGUCAACUACAUUUUUUUCGGACGAGGUCCACAUCUACAGAAGAAAGUGGCAGAAAAAGCUGCCAAGAGCAACAAUGAGAAGAGCAGGCUAGAGUGCAACAAAGUCCAAGUGGUGGAUGCCCAUGGGAACAUUCCCCUCACGAACCUCGACCUGCGCCUCACUGGGGCUGAAAUGCUGGGUAGUCUCGGAGACCCUCGCAACACCAUGUUCUCCUUCGACAGCGCCAGCAUCCAGUACCGCAAGCCCCUGACAGGUCGAGACCUCUACGGCCGGCCCACCGCUUCCCUCGAGCGGCCGAUCACACACAAGAAGAGCCACUUAAGGAGGCGGGUCGCUCAGCUAAAGGUGAAAAUCCCGGACCUGACGGACGUGAAUGCCAUCGACAAGUGGUCCCGUGUCAUCUUCCCAAUCACAUACACCUUCUUUAACCUGGUGUACUGGCUUUACUACGUCCACUAGACGGCAGCAGUGCACUCAGCUUCUACUCAUCAGGUCUGGCCCGGUUUCUCUCCAGUAGUUUGAUUGUGACUCUGUGUCACAGAGGAGGCAGAAGGUAGUCUUUUUUUCUCUGUAAAUACCUUGGAUUAUAUAGUGAUUAAAUAAAUACAUAUAUAUAUAUAUAUAUAUAUAUAUAUAUAUAUAUAUAUAUAUAUAUAUAUAUAUAUAUAUAAAUUAGGAAAAAUUAAACGAUUUUAAUGAAGCAAUUUAGGUUCAUUUAUUCUGCCUUCUACAAGCUGUUGAACCAUCUAGAUAGUAUAGCUAAUGCUAGUUUUAAAUAGAACACUGAAAUUCAGCACUUUAUAUUGAUGGUCUCUGCUCCAUGUGACAGUGGGUUGCAGAGAGGUAGCAUGUGUGUAAAGGACUUUUCUUUGUAGCAAAAAGAGAAUAAUUCACUUUUUCACACACUGUGCAUGAAUGAAUGCACCAUAGUGAAAAAAAGACCCUAAAGCUCUAAAACUCAGCAGCGUUUUAAAGUGUUUUCAGAACUUUCAGCUUGAGUCAUCUCACAGAGUUAGGUCUUAUGCUAUGUAUAUGUAACCAUACAGUGCCACUAGAAUGUUUGUGAAUCCUUUCAUUUUUUUUUGGAUUUUUGCCUGAAUUUGACCUGAAAUGAGUGUUGGUGUAAAAGAGCCUUUACACUACUAGU